AUGAGUUUUGCCAAAGGAUUUUAAUUGUUGCCAGUGGGUUUAAUAAAAACAGAGGAAGCAUUUACGGGAAUGCUUUAUACAUCUUAGAAUACAUAAACUUAAAUAAAGCAGAGACAUAAUAUAUAAGGAGAACUAUUGAUAUAGAUUAAUGGUUAUAUAUUUAAAUUAGAGGGAGUAAGGAAUAAUAUAAAUAAAAAAGGAAAAAGGCUAUAAAGAUGAUACAGUAGCAGGAAGCAAAUAUAUAAGAUAAUUGUUGAGAAUGUCUUUUACAGAUAAGAUUGACGUGGCAGUAUUUACACUGCCAAAAGAUAAAGAGUAUAGAUUGGGAGUUUUAGAUAUUGAAUUAGAUAUAGUUUAAUAGUAAGGGAGUAUGGACAAAGUGGAAUUGGAUUCAGAAGAGUUAGCACCAUUUUUGAAAAGAGCAUAUUCAGGUUUGUUCUUUAGGAAAGAUCAAAUCCAGUUAUUUUCAUAUGUGGGAAAUAUUUACUUAUUUAAAGUAUAUAAAUUGAUUUAAAUUGAUAGGUUACUCGUACAGAUGUAUUGAGUGUCGGAGUAGAAUCAUAAUAAGUAAAAUUUACAUAAGGAGGAAUGUUAGUUGAUGUGACAGAAAUAGAAUUUAGUAUUAGAUAGGGAGUAAAUCAAUUGAAAAUGAAGAAUGCAUCAACAUAAACAGCAAGUAUUUUUAGAGAAGAUUUUUCAUUUGAUAAAUUGGGAGUAGGUGGAUUAGAUAAAGAAUUAGCAAAUAUAUUUAGAAGAGCAUUUUCAUCAAGAAGAUUUCCAUAAGCAUUUCUUGAGAAAUAUGGUAUUAAACAUGUAAAGGGUUUAUUAUUGUAUGGUCCUCCAGGAACAGGUAAGACAUUAAUUGCAAGAUAACUGGCUAAAGUAUUAAAGGCUAGACCACCUAAGAUAGUAAAUGGGCCUGAGAUAUUUAGUAAAUUUGUAGGAGAAGCAGAAGAGAAUGUUAGAAAGUUAUUUGCUGAAGCAAUAGCAGAUUAAGAUACAAAAGGAGAUUAAAGUGAUUUACAUAUAAUAGUAUUUGAUGAGAUGGAUGCAAUAUGUAAAUAAAGAGGAUCAAUAAAUUCUGGAACAGGUGCUUAUGAUAAUGUUGUUAAUUAAUUAUUAUCUAUGAUUGAUGGAGUUAAUUCACUUAAUAAUAUUUUAGUGAUAGGUAUGACUAAUAGAAAAGAUUUAAUUGACGAAGCUGUUUUAAGACCUGGUAGAUUUGAAGUUCAUAUUGAAGUAGGAUUACCAGAUGAAUAAGGUAGAUAAUAGAUUUUAAAUAUUCAUACUGAAAAUCUUAGGAAAAGUGAAGCACUUGAUAAAGAUGUAAAUCUAGAAGAAUUAGCUACAAUUACUAAAAAUUAUACAGGUGCUGAAAUUGAGGCAGUUGUUAAAUCAGCAUCAUCUUUUGCAUUUUAAAGAAUGUAGAAUAUAUUUGAUUUUUAAAAGAAAUUAAAUAAAUAAGAUGAACUUAAAGUUAAGAGAAGUGAUUUUAUGAAUGCAUUAGAUGAAGUUAAACCUUAAUUUGGUAUUGAUUCAAAUAAAUUUGAUUUACUUCUUAAAAAUAGAUUAAUUGAUUUUGGUGAUGAAUUUAGAAAACUAUAAAAAAUAUUAAGAAAUACUAUAGAUUAAACUAGAUUUGGUAAAAAUUCCCAAUUAAAUUCUGUUUUAUUGGAAGGAGAUUAAGGUUCUGGUAAAACUAGUGUUGCAGCUUGGCUUGCAGUUGAAUGUGGAUUUCCUUAUGUUAAAUUAAUAUCUCCUGAAACAUUUAUUGGAUUGACUGAAGGUGCUAUAAUCAAUCAAAUGGUUAGAAUCUUUAAUGAUGCUUACAAAUCAUCCCUUUCUUGCAUUCUUAUUGAUAAUAUUGAAAGACUUAUAGAAUAUGUAGAUAUUGGACCUAGAUUUUCAAAUGCUAUCCUUUAAGCUUUGUUAGUACUCAUUAAAAGGUUACCUGAUAAAGUAAUUAAUAUUUAUUAUAUAAUUUUUAGUCUUAAUGCAGAUUACUCCUUAUUGGAACUACAUCAUAAUAUCAUAUUAUGAAAUAACUAGAAGUUGUCUCUUGUUUCAAUGUUGCUUUUAAAGUACCCAAUCUAAUUAAACCUGAUGAAAUUAGAUUAGUCAUUUAAGAUUAUCUAACCACAUCCCCUUAAUCAUAAAAUAAACUUUAAUUAACCUAAUAGUAAGAAUUAUAAAUUAAUACAAUUGCAUCACAAAUCAAGGACAUUCCUAUCAAAAGAUUAUUAAUGCUACUUGAUAUGGUUGGAGCCUAAGAAAAAGGUUUGAAUGUAGACGAAUUCAUGAUAUGCUACACUACUGUUAUGAUGAAUCAUCUUUGAGUAUUUUAUUUUAUCCAGAU